AAGAACGCAGAGUGGAGAGGAUAACAAUCCAUCCGGACUACGACUACACCAACAUGCAGAAUGACGUGGCCGUCUUGAAACUAUCACGAGAUGCCGAUUACACCGAUUACGUGCGCCCCGCUUGCCUCUGGAGCGACGCCGCUGAUGAUAAUGUAAUUGGAAAAUUAGGCACCGUCAUCGGAUGGGAUAACGAGAAAGAACGACAAAUCGAAGAUACUCUGCAAGAAGCCCAAAUGCAAGUCAUCGAUACGUUCACCUGUAUCUCCGCCAAACCAAAAUUCUACAGCAAAGUCACGUCGACGAACACGCUGUGCGCCGGAUAUAAGAACAGUACUUAUGUUUGCAACAGCGAUUCGGGCGGUGGAAUGUACUUUUCGAAAACGACAUCGAGAGGAGAGGUGUGGGAGCUGAGAGGGUUGAUCUCCGUCACUUUAGCGAUUCGGCACGAACGCUGCGAUCCGUACAAUUACGUGGUGUUUAGCGAUUUGGCGCACCAUAAGCAAUGGUUGAACUCUGUACUGAUUGAUUAAAUAAAUUUGUUA